GAUGGAGAAAGGAGUAUUGAUGAAUAGGUAUGAGCUCGGACGAUUGCUUGGACAAGGGACAUUCGCCAAAGUUUACCAUGCGAGAAACCUCAAGACUGGCGAAAGUGUAGCCAUUAAGAUUAUUGAUAAGGAGAAGAUAUUGAAGGUUGGUUUGAUUGAUCAAAUCAAACGAGAAAUCUCUAUAAUGCACCUCGUUAGGCAUCCUAAUAUUGUACAGCUUUAUGAGGUGAUGGCAAGCAAAACCAAGAUAUAUUUCGCCAUGGAGUACGUGAGAGGAGGUGAACUUUUCAACAAAGUUGCCAAAGGGAGGCUCAAAGAAGACGUUGCAAGAAAAUAUUUUCAACAAUUGAUUGGAGCCGUUGAGUUUUGUCAUAGCCGAGGGGUAUAUCACCGGGAUCUUAAACCCGAAAAUCUCCUUCUUGAUGAGAAUGGUGACUUGAAAAUUUCAGAUUUUGGCUUGAGUGCAUUGCUGGAUUCAAGAAGGCAGGAUGGUCUACUUCACACAUCUUGUGGAACUCCUGCUUAUGUUUCACCAGAAGUAAUCAACAAGAAGGGCUAUGAUGGAGAAAAAGCUGAUAUUUGGUCAUGUGGGGUUGUUCUUUAUGUUCUAUUGGCUGGUUAUCUCCCUUUCUAUGAUUCAAAUCUCAUGGAAAUGUACAAGAAGAUCACAAGAGGUGAAUUCAAGAGGCCCAACUGGAUUCCACCAGAAGUUCGGAAACUUCUUUCCAGGAUUCUUGAUCCGAAUCCUAAAACAAGAAUCACUAUGGAUAAGCUCAUGGACAAUACCUGGUUUAAGAAGAAUUAUGAACAACUUGAACUCCCACAAUCACCACAAGGACAACAGAGAAACAAGUUGAUUAGCGAUAUUCAUGCUGCAAGUCCAGUUAAGCCAUAUCUUUUUAAUGCCUUUGACAUUAUCUCUCUCUCCCAAGGCUUUAAUUUAUCAGGUUUAUUCGAGAAUGAUAUGAAUAGUAGUCUAGAAACAAGAUUCACUACAACAAAGUCAGCCUCUGCCAUUGUGUCGAAAUUCGAAGAGAUAGCAGUUACAGAGAAGUGUUACUUCAACAAGAAGAAUGGAACAGUGAAUUUAAGACACAGCAGACAAGGAAGAAAAGGGAAGCUCGCAAUAGAUGCUGAAAUCUUCGAAGUUACUCCUUCUUUUCAUGUGGUGGAGUUGAAGAAAGCAUCUGGAGAUACAAUAGAAUAUAAAAAUUUCUGCAGCCAUGAAUUGAAGCCUUCUCUCAAGGAUAUAGUGUGGACUUGGCAAGGAGUUGAGUAG